AUGUGUGCCACCCGUUCAGGCUACGAGAGCCCCAGAAGCUAUGCCGGCUUCUUUCCACAGCUGCGCUACCAGGUGGGGAACACCUAUGGGCGUACCACGAGGCAGCUCCUCACAGACCCCAGUGUACAGAAGAGCCCUUGCUCUGUGCUGUCCCCCAUGUCCAAGCCCAAGUUCAUUGAGGACUUCAGCCAGUCCAAGCCCCCGAGGGUUCCCUGCCGAGACCUGAUGGAGCCCUACAUUCCCCACUACACCAGUCUGAAGCCCUAUAAGAACUUUGAGAUCCUUGGCCAGCUCCCACCCUUGGAGGUGGACGCCCAGGAGCCGCCAGUGGGAGAGAACAUAGCCAGACAGAUUCUGCUACCUGCAGGCUUCAUGCCCUACCCCCCGCACCCUCCGUGCCCACCAGGCAGGAAGGGGGACUCCAGAGACUUGGGACACCCAGCAUACUGCGAAGAUGCCUGGAAGAGCACCACUCCUGUCUGCGAGGCCCCCAGGCAGCACCAGCUGUACCACUGCCGGAGGGAUGAGUACCCACCCCCCGCCCGCCAGCAGGAGACACUAGAUGUGGGCAGGUUCCAGCGGCUGCCGCAGCUGGACCACCCCAACCUGAUCCAACGCAAGGCCAUCUCAGGCUAUGCUGGCUUCAUUCCCCGGUUCGCCUGGGUAAUGGGGAUGAAUUACCGAGACGGUGUCACACAAGCCAUGGACGAGUUCGACAAGAACCAGUUCCUAUUUAGAAACCCCCACUGUGACCUGGGUGAGAAGCUGCCUGGAACACACUGGCCCAGCAACCACAUCUACAGCAGCCAAGGCCUGAUCCCCUUCUACAUGGGGUUCAUCCCCUCCAUGCAGGACAACUACGCACUGACGUUCGGCAACAGCACCCGGAGGGCCUACUGGAAGGAAUGGGCGAGGCGAAACCGCACACUAUGAAAAUGCUUUAAUGGUGGUGUCUGUACAGCAUGGGAUGAGGACAGGGAAAACAGCAAGUGCACACACAGCGGGACAGGCCACAGGACAGGCUGGGAGUGAAUAAAGAGUUCGCACUGCU